AUGGGCGGCAUGGGCGGCAUGGGCGGCAUGGGCGGCAUGGGCGGCAUGGGCGGCAUGGGCGACUACGGCGGCGGCGACUACGGCGACUACGGCGGCCAAGGAGAAGAGGAAGAGUUGGAAAUGCCGGAAGGUCCGUACGAAGUCGAACCGUUAGGGAAGGAGAAUUUCACAUCCAUUUUGAAAGACUUGGACGGAGCUUUAGUAGAGUUUUACGCGCCGUGGUGUGGACACUGUAAAAAGUUGGAGCCGCAUUACGAAUACGCCGCGAGAGCUGUGAAAGAGAGCGAAAAGUUGGAAGGUAAGAACGUGAAGUUGUUCAAAGUUGACGCGACCUUGGAAGAAGCGCUAGCGAAAGAAUUGGGCGUGGAAGGGUUUCCAACCAUGAAGUGGUUCGAGAAAGGCGAAUUGAAGAAGGAUUACCAAUCCGGAAGAGACCAAUACGCCAUCGCGAAUUACGUCGAGCGUCAAAUGGGCGAACCGAGCGUUGAUUUGACGACGAUGAAAGUGUUCACCGGCGAAGAGGCGCCGAAGAAAGUGAAAGAGGCGAAAGAAGACGGCGAUGAAGGCGAAGAAGAAGACGAGGAUGAAGACGAAGAUGAAGAAAAGCGAGCGACUUUGAUCGCGGUUUUCGACGAAUUGGGCUCUUCCCCAGCCUUCGCGGACUUUUACGCCAUGGCGAAAGAUAUCGAUCUCGACGGCCUCGACGUAGCGCACACAGAUAAUCGCGCGAACGUUGCCAAAUUGGGCCUGACCAAUUUCAAAAGACCGUCCAACCCGGCGAUGGUUUUGAUGUUUGAAAACGAAAAAGGCCAGAAAUCUUUCGCCGAGUACGACGGGAAAUGGGAGGCGAAAGAGAUCACCAAGUUUGCCGCCGUCGCGCAACUUCCAUGGGUCAUUCCAUUCGAGCAAGAAUACAUCAACAAAGUCUUUGAAUCUGGCGUGACUGCGCAAGUUUUGGUCUUUCACGACGGCGAGAACGAGGAAACUGCGAAAGAACUCCACGCCCUCCUCGAGGAAGUUUCCAAGGAAGACAACAAGAGCGGCAAGAUUUUGUUCGUCACCGUGGACAUUAAAGGUAGCGAUGCCGAGGGUGUUUUGGAAUACUUUGACGUGGUCGUCGGCGAGGACGAGUUCCAACCGCAAGCGGUCAUCUUUUCGCAACCAAGCGAACCCGAACCGGUGAAUAAGGACGAGAAGGAGAAACCACGCAUCGAAGAAGGCCAAAAGAAGUAUAAGCUCGAAAACGCGCCGACGAUUACGAAACCAAUCAUGCAACAGUUCAUCAAAGCUUUCGAAGCGGGUUUGUUGCAGGAACACUUAAAGUCCGAACCUAUUCCGGAGGAAAACUACGGUCCGUUGUACAAAGUUGUCGGCGAAAACUUUGAUGAAAUGGUCAACGACAGCGAAACGGAUGUCUUUCUCGAAGUGUACGCGCCGUGGUGCGGGCACUGCAAAGAACUCGCGCCGACAAUCAAGAAACUCGCCAAGAGGUUCAAAGACGUGCCGACGGUGAAAAUUUGCGAUAUGGACGGUACCGCGAACGAGCAUCCUUUAGUAAAGGAUGCGAAAGGUUUCCCGGCGAUUUAUUUCUUUCCCGCCGGGGAGAAAGGUGUAAGAGUUCCAUGGGACGAAGAGGAGAAGAGAACGGUUGGCGGCUUCACGAGAUUUAUUCAAGCGAACGCAAAACUUCCGUUUGAUUUGCCGAAAAUUAAGUCCAAGGAAGAAAAAGCUGCGGAGAGGGAAGCGAAGAAGAAAGCCAAGGAGUUCGAAGAGGCGCACGAAGAGUUGUAA